CAAAGAUGACAUUCUAAAAACAGCAUCUUGUCAAUUUGAGGUGGACACUGGAUAGGCAAGCAGCUCACUGCCUGCCGUAGGCUCUCCACUAGGUACUCACUCGACUUGACCGCCCGGACAGGUCUUGGACACGGUUCAUCCACCCACCAGCACCAAUCAAUCCAUCACAAGUCCAUAUAUCUAACUUCCUCUACCCACCCAACAACAUUCAGAAACCUCAAUCUCAACCGCCAAAAUGCCAACCUUUAAUAAAAAACGCAAAUCCGGCGGCACCAGCAACCACUACGCCAACAACCAUCAUACCGAUAACGACGACCAAGACGGUAAUGCCAAUGCCAGCGACACCGCCACCGCCACCACCACCGCCACUGGCAGCAACAGCAAACGAGCCAAAGGUACCAGUGGGACAGCAUUCAAACCAUCCCGUCAACCUCAAACCGACAGUGAUGGGAACCGAUACUGGGAGAUAUCCAAAUCUCGACGCGUCACGGUUUCGGAAUUCAAGGGGAAGCCGCUGGUUAAUGUGAGAGAGUAUUAUCAAAAGGGGGAGGAGUGGUUACCUGGGAAGAAGGGUAUUUCUAUGAGUGUUGAGCAAUACUCGGCUUUGGUCGAUAUCAUGCCGCAGAUUGAGGAGACUUUGGCGAAAAUGGGGAAUCAAGUGCCACGGCCGGAUUAUAGUGGCAAGGCUGGAUUGGUGAAACCUCGUAACGACAAAGAUGAUGAUGACGAUGACGACGACGGUGCACAAAAGACAAAGACAAAGGCCAAUUUCGAUUCGACGAGCGAUGAAGAGGAUUAAUCGCUAAUUCAUGGGCGUCAAGCUCAACACGAUCAAGGCAAAGGCGAUGCUCUUCGAUAUUCGAAAUCACUUUAUAUCAUUCUCUGUUUCGACAAAUGCUUGUCUUGUCACUACUUGACAAUGACGCCCCCCUUCUCGGGUUGGAUAACAUUACCCCGUCACCUCUACAUAUCUUGAUCACACAUCAAAGAUCAUCACGAACUACUCUCCCACUCGGCCAAUCUCGAUGCAAGACUUCCUUUCUUCCAGUGUUUCUCAUAAUCCUCUUUGAGAUCCACCUGACUCUUUUCACCUGCUCGGCCGUAUCCACCUCCACCAGGUGUCAUCUGGAACAAUGGUCAGUCAUAUUGCCAACACACACGUAAUGCCGAGAGAACAACAUACCACUAUGAUCCUUUCGCCAGGUUGCAUCGACGCAGUGUUCUUCGCUCCGAGACUGUACUUCGAUUAGUCUGGAUUCUGGAUCAUUGCAGGAAUCCAACAACAGCUGGCAAAAGCUAAGGGGUGGUAGAGAGAGGAGUUGACCAAAACAUAAACAUACCUGAG